AUGGCGUCCCCGGGUUUCUGGUCCCUCGGUGCCGGGGACAAUUCGGGCAGCCGGAGCCCCAACACGCCCCGGGCUUGGUGCCAGGCAGCGGCCCAGAAACUCUCCGGAGGGCUGGGAUCCAAAUUAUGUGCGCUCCUGAACGUGAACGAGGGAGACAAAGGUGCAGCCGAUCCCCCAGCCGCCAAGCAGCAACCUCACGCGGCAGAGGGCAGCUGCGGAUGCACCAAAGACUGCAACUGCACUAAAGCCGCCGUGCAAGGCUUCUCCGACCUUUACUCAACAGACCUCCUCCCGGCCAUGGACGGCGACGCCAAGACUCUGAGCUUCUUGCAGGAGGUGGUGGACAUCUUGCUGGCCUACAUCGUGGAGUCGUUCGAUCGCGACACCAAAGUGAUCGACUUCCACUACCCCAGCGAGCUGCUGCAGAUGAACAACUGGGAGUUGCAGCACGAGCCCAGCACGCUGGACGACAUCUUGAUCAGCUGCCGCGCCACCCUCAAGUACGCCAUCAAGACAGCCCACCCCAGGUACUUCAACCAGCUGUCCACUGGCUUGGACAUGGUGGGCCUGGCUGCUGAUUGGCUGACGUCCACCGCCAAUACCAACAUGUUCACGUACGAGGUGGCUCCGGUCUUCGUCCUGCUGGAGUACGUGACGCUCAAGAAAAUGCGCGAGAUCAUCGGCUGGCACGAGGGCCGCGGCGACGGCAUCUUCUCGCCCGGUGGAGCCAUUUCCAACAUGUACGCCAUGCUUCUGGCCCGUUUCAAGAUGUUCCCUGAAGUCAAGGAGAAAGGAAUGUCAUCCGUUCCCCGGCUGGUGGCCUUUACCUCCGAACAUAGUCAUUUCUCCAUCAAGAAGGGAGCAGCAGCUCUUGGGAUCGGCACCGAGAGCGUCAUCUGCAUCAAGGCCGACCAAAGUGGCAAAUUGAUCCCCGCAGACCUCGAGCGGCGAAUCCUGGAGGCCAAACAGAAGGGUUUCGUGCCAUUUUUCGUGAGCGCCACGGCGGGCACGACGGUGUACGGCGCCUUCGACCCGCUCAUUGCCAUUUCUGACAUUUGUAGGAAGUACAACAUCUGGAUGCAUGUGGACGGUGCGUGGGGAGGAAGUCUGCUCAUGUCCCGGAGACACCGGUGGAAGCUGGAUGGUGUCGAAAGAGCCAAUUCGGUGACUUGGAACCCACACAAGAUGAUGUCGGUGCCGCUGCAGUGUUCUGCCCUGCUGGUGCGCGAGGAGGGCCUGAUGCAGAACUGCAACCAGAUGCACGCCUGCUACCUGUUCCAGCAAGACAAGCAAUACGACCUGUCCUACGACACCGGAGACAAGGCGCUGCAGUGCGGACGCCACGUGGACAUCUUCAAGCUGUGGCUCAUGUGGAGAGCCAAGGGCACCAUCGGGUUUGAGGCGCAGAUCGACAAAUGUCUGGAGCUAUCCGAGUAUCUGUACAACAAAAUCAAGGACAGGGAAGGCUACCAGAUGGUCUUCGACGGAAAACCUCAACACACCAACGUUUGCUUCUGGUAUUUGCCGCCCGGCAUGCGCUACAUGGACGACAAAGAAGAGAAGAAGAAACGCUUGCACAAGGUGGCGCCUGUGAUUAAGGCGCGUAUGAUGGAGUACGGGACCACCAUGGUGAGCUACCAGCCGCAGGGCGACAAGGUCAACUUCUUCCGCAUGGUCAUCUCCAAUCCAGCCGCCACCUUCGAGGACAUCGACUUCCUCAUCGAAGAAAUCGAGCGUCUGGGUCAGGAUCUAUAAAAGAACUGGCUGCAAUUGACCAUCCUCAAUGUAACUUGCUCCAUUUUAUUUCCUCUCAAACAAAAAUUAUAUUUGCCAUUUUCAAGUUAUAUACAGUGAACCCCCUGCCCCUUUACUGCGGCCAUGUUCCAGACCCAAUUGUGAUCGGUCGACAUUUGCAAUAUGGAGAUGUAUACAUUUUUUUUCUAUUGUUCAUCACUCCCGCACUUUUUAAAAUGUAGACAUAAAAUUAAAAAAAAAAAAAAUAGUUUCAAGUUAAAAAAAAAAAGCAACAUUAAAAGUCCACUAGCUUAAUGCUAACAUAUAAUAAGAAACACAAUAGACGGCCUGCUGGAAAUUAGCAUUAAUCACACUGCAUCUCUUUCAGUGUACCGCAGUGUUGCACCACAUGUGGCACAAAGUGGUACUACACUGAAGUACCACAAAUUUGGAUUUGCCUGCAUACUGCAAAAGCGAUUGCUUCACAAUCGGGGAUACAGCUGGGGGCGCAAACGAUGAACUGCGGUUUACUGGGGGUACACUGUAUAGAUAUAUAAAUAUGUGUACAUAUACAUAUAUCUCUAUAUUACGUAUGCUAGCUUUGUUGUGGACUGAUGUGGUCCAAAGCUUUGUACAAGUGCUUGUCCGCCUUUUUCCGCUAGUGUUGUCCCGACCAAAAACGUGCGAAUCGGUGUAACUUAAACUGUGCUAAUAUGUGAUAAUGUGCAAUAAGUCCACAAUUAUUAAUACUCUGUUUUAUAAUCAUUUAUGACGACGAUGUGAUGAUGUGCCAUAAGUGUCUGUGUCCUUUAGCGUAAAUGGCAUUUGUAAGUCAUUUUUAAACAAAGCACCUAGCCUUCCUUGCCUCGGCAUAAUCAACUUCCAUCGGAUCCCGCCCUAGUGCUAGCCCCUGUGGCUAAUUUGCUAAUGCUAAUGAAGCACCCGUGACAUCAACUGGCAAAAAGUGAUCAUGUAAAAUGCGACCCGAGUGGCUCACUGUUGUGAAACAAGUAUACGGAGUUUGCUUCCUGGCUAAUGUGAGAGCUAAACAUGUUGGCUAACACUAAAGAAUUAGCAGGCACUGGUUCCAGAACUAGUUACAAACUAACAUAAAAAAA